AACAUACUCAGACUCUCUCUCUCUCUCGCUCUCGGCGUGUGUUCCUGACUUCAACCCCCCGCAACAAGAAGCCUCCCUCUCCGUCCCCUCUCUCUCUCUCUCUCUCAGCCGCAACGCCAGCUCGCCGAAUCGAAUAUCUCGUGAUCAAUCCCUUCCAUCGAAUCCCACUCUUCCAUUCUCGAAUGCCUACAGCACCCGAUUCUCCUUCCAACCACCACUCUCCUCGCGCCGGCGGCGGCGGCGGCGGCGCCGCCAGCAGCCCCCGCUUCCGCCACAACUGCCUCCCUUCCCCGUGGGCGCAGGUCGUCCGCGGCGAGCAGCCGCCGCCGCCGCCCCCUGCCCCCGCCGAUCAAUCGCCGUCCCCUCCCCCGCCUCCGGCCGCGGCGGAGCAGCCCCAGCGGCGGCAGCAACCGCCUCACUCUCCGCCGAAGCCGGCUCCGGCGGCGGCUCCCGACGAUCCCGCGGCCGAAGCGGAGGGUUGCGAUGUGAACGGGGGCAAUGCAGGUCCGUCGAGGCCGAGCAAGCCGGCUUGGAAGAUGCCGGCGCCCAGCGACGUCGUGGAGGCUGGUCCUGUGAUGGGAGAUUCUGUGGCUUGGCCUGCUUUGUCUGAGUCUGCUAGAGCUCCAGUCAAAUCGCUAUCCGUCGAAUCCACUCCCAAAGCCGUCAAUAAUGGAUCGGCCUCCAGUUCUCAGGGGCCAAUCAUUCCCAAUUUACCUGAGAGACAAGGUAGCAGCAGCAAUGGAAGCCCGAGAACAACACCAAACCGCACCCAGCAGGUUCGUAGAAGGCCGAACAGACGUGGUGAUGGCACUGGAGCAAGCAAUGGCAGUGGGAGUUGGCGGCCACAAACUGGCUUCGCUCCUCCUCCUCCUUCACAACCUUUACCACGACCAGUCCCUAUGUUUCAGAUGUCUCCAAAUCCUUAUGGAAACUUUGUUCGUCCUGCACCGCCAGAUUUUUCCAAUGGAGAGCCUCCUUAUCGGGGGAAUAAUUGGGACAGCAGACCAACUGGAGGUCUUCCAUCUCGGCCACAGCUUAUGAAUGGUCACCCUGAAUCUUCUCAAAGGGUUCAUUCUUCUCGUAAUAAUUAUGGGAAUAGGCGUGAUCAUGACCGUGGAAAUUACCCCUCUCAGCAACAUAGCGGCGCUCCAAGGGGCUUCGGAAGGCUUUCACCGCCACCAGUAAACUCUAUGGUAUAUAUGGGGCCGCAGCCUAUGAGACCUUUUGGAAUGCCUAUGGGUUAUGCUGAGAUGCCGUCGCAAUAUUAUUCUCCUGCAUUGCAUGUGGAUCCCUACACGGGUUGGCAAUAUGUGGUUCAUACGCCAACCGCACACAUGUUUACGCCCAUGGCUGUACCAGAUAACACUCUGCCUGUGUCUGCCCCUGAGAGCAACGUGCCUGCAGCUGGGCAUGAGAACACUUUGCCCGCAUCUUUGGUUGAUCAAAUAGAAUACUAUUUCAGCGAUGAUAACUUGGUUAAAGACGUUUUUCUGAGAAGUAACAUGGACGAGGAAGGCUGGGUUUCUAUUGAAAUAAUAGCAAAGUUCAGACGGGUUCAGGAAAUGACCAGGGACGUAAAGUUGAUACUUGAUUCAUUGAAAGCUUCAAGAAUUGUUGAAGUGUGGGUAAGUUUUUCAUAUGUGAGUUCCAUUGUGCAUCUACCAACUCGGCACAGUGAUGAGCAUGAUGAGCCGUGGAUCGGAAAGUCAGGAGACGUGGUGAUUGGAAGAAAUUCUUCCGAAUUGACGAGCCAAAUAAGCAGGUUGCCAUCGAGAAUGAUUCACCUUCCCCUAGCGGAUUUGUUCACAACAAGCUGGCAACUACUUUGGAGAAAUUUACGAUGGAGGAAGCAGUUGCAGAAACAGACAAUAACGUCACUGGUGAGGCAGAUCUGCACUCUGAGGACGUGUCUGGAAGAAAUUCUUCUGAACGGACAGGCACGUUGAAACUCCCAAAUGGGGAGGUUACCGAGCAGUAUUCGUCUUCAAGCAAGAAUUGAUGCUUACAGAACCACAAAAAAGUAGGCACAAUGCUAUUGGAAAGGUGCCUCAUGGAGGGUUCUGGAAUGCCAGGUGGAGAUCAUCCGCCUUUUAUUUAUAUUAUUUUUUCCGUCAGAGGCUGAAUGACAGUUUAAUGAGGUGGAUGGAGGAAAAGCAUAACAAACAUCUGCAGGUUUUUCUCCACUAAGGCUUAAGAAACUUUGAAUGAAAUGGAAAGAGGAGCUCGAAAGAACUAUAGGGGACUAGGUUGUACAGCUUGUUUUGGUAUUUAGAUUGUUUUGGAUGCUUCUUAAUAUUACUUGUGGUUUUAUGGUACGGUGGAAAAACCUGUUUUAAGGUCUUUUCUUGGGGAGCAUUUUUACAUUUUUUCUUUUGCGAUUCUUAAGUUUCGUUGAUUCAGAUCAAAGUGCAUCCUUUUCUGGGUUGCUGUGGGAUGAAUGUCUUUGAGUUCUGCACUUGAGCGGGAGCGGGUCUUUUUCUGUACUCAUCUUUUGGCACACUGUUAACAAUACGCGAUUCUUUUAUUGUAGAGAUAUCUUCUCGUUUUGAUCA